AUGGCCGAGCCCAGCCACGAAUGCAGCAUUAAGGUGCUGUGCGAUUCCGGCCCCUUGAACCAGGCAGAGAUCUUCGGGGGGAAAUUCAUCCCCCCUCUUCCAAGGGCGACCAGGUCAUGCUCGGAGCUGGGCCUGGGCCGGGGCGUCUCCAGCACCUGGACAGCUCCCGGCGCCUGCCUGGCCUCCUGCCUCCGCCUCCAGUGGGGGAGAUGGACUGGAGCCUGUCUGAGGCCUGUGUGUCCCAUGCGGACCAGGGGCAAGCCCUACGUCUUUGACCGCGUCUUCCCCCCCAACACCACCCAGGAGCAGGUGUACCAUGCCUGCGCCAUGCAGAUCGUCAAGGUGACCAAGACCAACCUGUCGGUGCAUGAGGACAAGAACCGGGUUCCCUACGUCAAGGGCUGCACUGAGCGCUUUGUCUCCAGCCCGGAGGAGAUCCUGGAUGUGAUCGACGAGGGCAAAUCCAACCGCCACGUGGCUGUCACCAACAUGAACGAGCACAGCUCCCGCAGCCACAGCAUCUUCCUCAUCAACAUCAAGCAGGAGAACAUGGAGACGGAGCAGAAGCUCAGUGGAAAGCUCUACCUGGUGGACCUGGCUGGCAGCGAGAAGGUCAGCAAGACGGGGGCCGAAGGCGCCGUGCUGGACGAGGCCAAGAACAUCAACAAGUCACUGUCUGCCCUGGGCAACGUCAUCUCGGCCCUGGCUGAGGGAACGAAGAGCUACGUUCCCUAUCGGGACAGCAAGAUGACGCGGAUCCUGCAGGACUCGCUGGGCGGGAAUUGCCGCACGACCAUGUUCAUCUGCUGCUCGCCCUCCAGCUACAACGACGCCGAGACCAAGUCCACCCUCAUGUUUGGCCAACGGUACCGGAACAACGCCCGCGGCACUGCCCGUCUGCUACCCCGGCGGUCCUCCCUCCCUCUGCAUGAGGCCAAGAUCCGGUCCCUGAGCGAGUACAUGCACAGCGUGGAGCUGAGGCAUGAGGCCAAGAUCCGGUCGCUGAGCAAGUACAUGCACAGCGUGGAGCUGAGGGCGGGUGGGAUUGGGAUGGGGCUGGGGGCAGAUGCGAUGCAAUGGGGCUGGGGCCGUGGGGCUGCCCGCAGGCUCAGCCCCCCCUCCCCACAGCAUGAGGCCAAGAUCCGGUCGCUGAGCGAGUACAUGCACAGCGUGGAGCUGAAGAAGCGUCAGCUAGAGGAGUCGUACGACGCGCUGAGCGAGGAGCUGGCCAAGCUGCAGGCCCAAGAGACCGUGCACGAGGCAGCCCGGAAGGACCAGGAGCAGGACCUGAUCCAGGACGCUGACGAGGUCAAGAGGACCCUGGAGCAGCAGCUGGAGGGACACCGGGAAGCCCACCACAAGCAGCUGGCCCGGCUGCGUGAUGAGAUCAACGAGAAGCAGAAGGUCAUCGAUGAGCUGAAGGACCUGAACCAGAAGCUGCAGCUGGAGCUGGAGCAGCUCCGGGCCGACUACGAGAAACUCAAGAACGAGGAGCAGGAGAAAACCAUCAAACUGCAGGAGCUGACAUUUCUGUACGAGCGCCACGAGCAGUCGAAGCAGGAUCUCAAGGGGCUGGAAGAGACUGUCGCCCGGGAACUCCAGACCCUCCACAACCUGCGCAAGCUUUUUGUUCAAGACGUCACGACUCGAGUCAAGAAAAGUGCAGAGAUGGAACCCGAGGACAGUGGGGGGGCCCAUUCUCAGAAGCAGAAGAUUUCCUUUCUUGAGAACAACCUGGAGCAGCUUACAAAGGUUCACAAACAGCUGGUUCGUGACAAUGCAGAUCUGCGCUGUGAGCUUCCUAAGCUGGAGAAGCGGCUUCGGGCUACGGCUGAGAGAGUUAAGGCCCUGGAGGGUGCACUGAGGGAGGCCAAGGAGGGGGCCAUGAAGGACAAGCGGCGCUACCAGCAGGAGGUGGACCGCAUCAAGGAGGCCGUGCGCUACAAGAACUCCACCAAGCGUGCCCACUCAGCGCAGAUCGCCAAGCCGGUGCGGCCGGGGCACUACCCGGCCUCGCCCACCAACCCCUACGGCGCCCGCAACUCCGACUGCGUCAGCUACACCAACAGCCUCUUCCAAAACUACCAGGCGGCCUAUGGGCAGGGCUCCGCCCCGGACGCCUAUUUUGCCAACUCCUCAUCCAGCAGCGGGACAGGCUCCUCCAGCGGCCCCCUGGCCCCCUACCAGAAGCUGAAUGUGGAUAACGGGAAUGCCACAGACAUCAACGAUAACAGAAGCGAGCUGCCCUGCAGCUGCCAGGCUGAUGAACAAGCUAAGCUGUUCCCCCUCCACCAGGAGACGGCAGCCAGCUAAUAGCGCAGCCGUUUCUAACUGGGCUGGAGGCCUCUGCUCAGCAUGCUGCUCUCUGGCUUCCCGGGGCCUCUCUACUAACUCCCGUCUGUCCGUCCGUCUGCGUGUCUGCCUGUCCUGCUCUCUCGUCUCCUGUGUCCGUUCCCCAGCUGCUGCACUCGCUGUCUCGCGCUCUCUCUCUGUCCUUGCAAGCUCGUUGGUGUCAUAGCUUGCCCGUCGGGCCUGGGGCUGGUGUGCCGCCCGGGCUCAGCCUAGGAGCUGGCGCGAUGGCACCUCCGGUCCGGCCCAACCCACCUUGAUUUUAAAAUGCCUUAAGCAGACACCAUGAGGAAUGUCCGGCAUUGAACCCAGGCCCGGGACAAGCCCCUCUGCACCCUGCAGAGAGGGGGGAUUAGCCAUUUCACCCCACACCCCAUCAUCCGCCUCCCAGCCCUGGCCUCCCAGAGCCCGUGGCACCACCAGGCGCUGCCCUUCCCCCUGCUAUACUGGGACCUGCUGAGGCAGAGGGGCGCCCUAUGCGUAAGCAGCAGCAGGGCCACCUGGCCAGGCCCUGGGAGGCUGCUUUCUCAUCUCAAGGGGCGAGCGGUCCCUGGUUCCCAGCCUGCCGUCCCGCUGGGGUGGAAGGGCCCCCGCAGCGAAUCCAGGUCAGUGCCUCAGGCUCUUCGCUCUGUCCCUGUCCCCCCUAAGCUUGCCCAGCUGCCAGCACUGCCCCGGCCCAGCCUGACAUCUGGACUUGGGGCUGCAGUGGCUGCCGAGUGGCCAGCCGGCCCUUGCACCCGUAGCCGUGCUGGGGAGACAGCUGCUCGCCCCAGGCCGAGUCCCCAGCCUCAUCCAGCGUCAGACUAACCCCCAGAGAGCCCGUGUC